UCGUCUCUAUUUUCUGGUCCUUUGUAGGUGAAGAAGCGCCAGCAGCGGGUCACGAUGAUCAUGGAAAGCAAGCACAUAGAAUACACCGUCAUCGACAUCACAGAGCCGGGCCAGGAAGCGGAAAAGGACUUUAUGCAGACUAACGCCCAGCACAAAGGAUGCACGAUCAGUGAUCCGAACCCGCGGCACGCCCUACCUCCGCAGCUGUUCAACGACACCGAGUACUGCGGUGACUACGACGACUUCGACAUGGCCAACGAGGUGGACAAUCUGGAGGUGUUCCUGAAGCUGGCGGCUCCGGCAGCGCCCGAGCCGGAGCAUAAAAACGGCGACGACUCUGCACCACCUGCCACCGCCGCCGAUGACGAGGACGAGAACAAAGAAAACAAGACUGAAGACAACGGUGCGGCCGGUGAUGCGACCGGUGCGGAGACGACCGAGGGCGCGAACGAGACGGCGAAUGGUCCUCCGGAAGAGGCCGGAGAAGAGCUGGAAGCGGAGAAAAAAGUCUCCGCUAAAGAAGACGAGACCGGCGAUCUGUUGGAGGAACGACAAGAGAACGAUGAGGCGAAAGAUGAGGCUGAAGUGAAAGAGCCGGAAGUGACGAUGGAACAGUCGAAUGAAGAAACGCUUUCUCGAGAAGUGGAUAAUGCAUCGAAUCCAGCAGAGGACAAAUCUGAGGCUGAAUCAAAGUCUAGCGAUGAAGAUGAGCCCGCAAGUCAAGAAACCGUUCAAGUGAAGACAGAUGAAGAACCUCUGCUACAACACGACGAUGAUCCUGAAGCAUCGGAAGAUGCAAAGGCUGACGGACGGGAAGAAACUGUAAUGGAACACGAUUUGAAUGAAGCUCAAGAAGCUCGCACACACGAAUCCCUUGAAGAUCCCGAUCACGAAACAGUGCAAGACACGACCACGAACGAGCAGGAUGAUGAGCUUAAGAAGGAGGAGAUCUCCAAGAAUGAUGGAGAAAUGCCCGCACAAGAAGACAUUGAAGAACCGGCGAUCAACGUCCUCACUACUGAGGUGAACCAAUCUGCCCCAAUAAGUAAUCAGGAGCGAAAGGAUCCAAUCGAAGAGAUGGAAGUGGAGCAGGACAUUCAAGCGGAUCCGGACGAAUCGUCCUCGGACAGUGAAGAGAGCUCGGAAGCCAAUAGCCAAAUAGAAAACGCCGCGAAGGCAACCCCUGCUGGGAAGGAAGCAUCGUCCUUGGAAUCCCGAUCCACCGGUGAAGUUGAGGACCCGGUGGCAAUGGAAGCGGAUGCGGAGGAGGAAGAACUCCGACGUGCCUCCGCAGCACUGGCCGGCAAAAGUGAGGACGCCGUAGAGCAGAUCGGGAUGGAUGAGGCGGAAGAAGAGGAGGAGGAGGAGGCAGACGAAGAGGACGACGACGGAUUGGCGGAAGCUGCCAAAGAGGAUGAAAUCUCCAGCAAACUGGUUGAUGCCGACGAUCCCAUGAUGGCGGAACAGGAGCAGGAAGAAUGAAUCCAACUGGCGAUCCGUUAAAGCAACAAGCAAACCAUCUCAUCAGUUUAGCUAAAACAAACCACCCAAAGUACUCACACCAUCAUCAUCAUCAUCAUCGGAGAACCAUAUCAUCGUUCAUCGACAUCUUUACGCCAACGGGACAUAACCUCACAUCGAGUGCUACUGGCAACGCCUUCCUCAUCACAAGUCCCCAUGGACUGGAAGAGUAACCCUGCCCGCCGAUUCAUCGAGUGAGCAACCUCAAAUCAAUGGCUGCUUCGAUAGGGAUGCGAGCUUUCGUCUCCGUUCUGUAGCAACGCAAUGGUGGUUGUUGAUGGAGAAGGUCUACGCACGAGCGAGCGGGAGAGGGAGAGACAGCACGAAAACGAAAUAGGAGGAGUGCUUGCGAGAUCGCAUUUAACUUUUAAUCCCGUCCAUCGUUGCAAGUGCGAUGCGACGUCCCCGCCAGGAACAUAUUGUUGUGUGCCUCGUGCAGAAGGAACACAGUGUAUCGACGUGUUGUUGUGCCUCACUAUCUUCAUAAUUGCAAGGUGAUCAUUUGUUAAGGAAACUACGGUCAAUAAAUAAAAGUAAAAAUGUGUGUA